GUUUGUUUGAAUUUUAGUGAGAUAGUCAAGUUUCCGAAUUUUCUUUUUCUUGACGUGUAGUGUCUCCACUUAGUUUAUUUAGCAACCAUGAUCAAGACCAUAAUCCUGAUUGGAGGGCCAAUGAAAGGUACUCGCUUUCGGCCCCUGUCACUUGAGCUUCCAAAACCCUUAUUUCCUGUUGCUGGGUAUCCUAUAAUUUAUCAUCACAUUGAAGCAUGCAGUAAGGUUCCACAUAUGAGGGAGGUGAUAUUGAUCGGGUUCUACCAGCCUAAUGAUGCCUUGAAUAAGUUCAUCAGUAGUGUCCAGCAAGAAUUUAAAAUCCAAGUCAGAUACUUACAGGAAUAUACAGGCUUGGGUACAGCAGGAGGGCUAUAUCACUUUAGAGACCAGAUUUUGGCUGGGAAUCCUGACAGCUUCUUUGUCAUGAAUUCAGAUGUAUGUGGGGAUUUCCCUCUCAAGGAGAUGUUGUCCUUCACAGUACAGAAAGGGGGAGGAUCACACUGUACAAUACUGGGAACAGAGGCUACCAGACAGCAAUCUUUGAAUUAUGGUUGCAUAGUGGAAAACAAAAGUACUCAUGAGGUCCUCCAUUAUGUAGAGAAGCCGGAGACGUACAUCAGCACAACCAUUAAUGCAGGGGUCUAUCUCUUCUCCCCGGACAUCUUCUGUACCCUGGAAAAAAUCUUCAAGAAAAACCAGGAGGACAAUUACAAUUUCCUUACAGGCAAUGAAUGGUGCUCUGGCUGUGAUCCCAACAUGCAGUUGAAGGAAGUUAUUCGUCUGGAACAGGACAUUUUCGUUCCUAUGGCCAGCUCAGGGAAGCUGUAUGUCUACCACACGGACAGGUUCUGGAGUCAGAUCAAAACCUCAGGAGCUGCUAUCUAUGCCAACAGACAUUAUCUAGCUUUGUACCAGGACUGGCACACGGAGAGACUUUCUAAGAAUGGGGAACUGAAGCCUCAGAUCAUCGGGGAUGUGUAUAUCCACCCAACGGCCGACGUCCACCCUACAGCGGUGCUUGGUCCGAAUGUAAGUGUUGGUAAGCAUGCAGUGAUUGGUGAGGGAGCUCGAGUGAGGGAAUCGAUUGUUCUAGAGGGUGCUGUUUUACAGGACCACUGCUGUGUGUUGUACAGUGUGAUUGGUUGGAAUGUUACCAUAGGAACGUGGACUCGUGUCGAGGGUACACCCAGUGACCCCAACCCCAACAAACCAUUUGCCAAGGUCGAUGUCAAAGACACAUUCACACCAGAAGGGAAGCUCAACCCCUCCAUCACUGUCAUUGGAAGUAAUGUUCAGGUACCAUCAGAGGUGAUAUUACUGAAUACUAUGGUGUUACCAGACAAAUCUCUGAGCGGCAGCUGCAAGAACCAAAUCAUCCUGUAGGGGCACCAUGUCAUUCUCCCAGCAUGCACUGUCAUUGUUACUUUCAGCAAGUAGUACCAAUCCCAUAAUGCAUUUCCAUGGCGUGAACAAUUUCAUUUUGAAUGAAAUUUUUUUAAUCAUUAUAUCGUAAUUUAUUUAGAUCUGGAAAACACUUGUGUAUUCAUUAAUGUAUAUGUACAGUUUACAUUUGAAGAAUUAAUUUCCUGUAUGAGAAAUCUCACAUAAAACAUUUUGUAUUCAUCAUGCAUUGAAGUGAUGGGUAAUGUGUUGGUAGUCUUUCUGUAUAAAAGUGAUGUAUCUGAAGAAAUAACAUACCAAACCAUUUACUAUGUACAUAGAAUUCACGCUCUGUUUUAUUCCAUGCUUUGAUGCUUAAUAAAUUAUAAUGUGUGGGA